AUGUCAUACUGCAUUCUCUUUUCAUUAGCCUUUGGCAUCCUUAGCAGUCUAAUGCUGAGAGAGGUUACAGCUCUUAAAUGGCCACUUCCAAGUAACAGUGGUCCACAUAGAUUUACAUGGGGAGAGUUUCCAAGGAAUACUCAAGAGAUUCCACGCAGUCUGGAUAUAGAGGACUUUACUCUCAAUGUUGCCCCAACCAGUGGUCGCGUGAGCUCUCCCACCAUCGUCCGACUUCACCCAAUUGUGUCACAAUCUUAUAAGUACGCGACCCUGCCGAUGCGCUUCGGGCGGGAUGGCCAGGCGAGCUCAAGUGACCGGGCGCCCAAGUCCAACAUCAUUAACCUGCCACAGCGGUUCGGCCGCUCGUGCACUAUAUGUGCGCGCUCAAGCACUGGACCCUCAGCGACAUUGCCGCAAAGGUUCGGGAGACGGAACACAUUUACUAUUGACCCCGUGAACGCACGUACAGCUGAACUGUCAUCUCCAAAAGACAGGACUCAAGUCAAUGACUACAUGUUUGAAACAGUAGAAGACUCAGAGGAGACUGUAAAGAGCACAGAAUAUACUGCAUUAGACUAAAACAGCAUACAAAAUAACAGCAGUUUAUCCUCUUUUAUUUACUUCCUAUUAUUUUUAUGUAUUAGCAUAUGUAUUUGCUUGAUUGUAAAUUGUCCGAGUAAAGUA